GAAGCUGAUGCUUUGGCUGAUGCUGAGGAAAGGUGUGACCAGCUCAUCAAAACCAAAAUACAGCUGGAAGCCAAAGUCAAGGAGGUGACUGAAAGGGCUGAGGAAGAAGAAGAAAUUAAUGCUGAGCUGACAGCCAAGAAGAGGAAACUGGAGGAUGAAUGUUCAGAGCUGAAGAAAGAUAUUGAUGACCUUGAGCUAACACUGGCCAAGGUGGAGAAGGAAAAACACGCCACAGAAAACAAGGUGAAAAACCUGACUGAGGAGAUGGCAGCCCUGGAUGAGACCAUCGCCAAGCUGACCAAAGAGAAGAAAGCCCUCCAAGAGGCCCAUCAGCAGACCCUGGAUGAUCUGCAGGCAGAGGAGGACAAAGUCAAUACUCUGACCAAAGCCAAGAUCAAGCUGGAACAGCAAGUGGAUGAUCUGGAAGGGUCCCUGGAGCAAGAGAAGAAACUGCGCAUGGACCUGGAGAGAGCAAAGAGGAAACUGGAAGGAGACCUGAAGCUGGCCCAGGACAGCAUCAUGGAUUUGGAGAAUGAUAAGCAGCAGCUGGAUGAGAAACUGAAGAAGUAAGUGUGGCUCUGGGGCUCCUGAGUACUGG